AUUUCAAAAUGGCGGGCAAAACAAAAUAAACAUGUGACACGUGGAUGUCAAGAAAUAUACCAAAAAUUCAUUUCAAGCUCAUCGAAUUCUCAUCAUAAAAACCAUUCAAGCUUUUAGAAGCCUUGGAUUAUGACAGUCUGUUAUUUCUUAGCGUUAUUUUUGGGUUUCUUUACGGGCCUGUCAAAUCAGAUCCCGGAUGAAUGUCUGUUGCCAUUUCCAAGGAGUUAUGUGGUUUACAGCCUCAAAGAACACGAAAAGAUUAYCGUAGAUGGAAAACUUGAAGAAGAUGCAUGGAAAAACGUUGGCUGGACCGAAGAUUUCCUUGAUAUUCAAGGAUCAGGAUGGCCAAAACCAAGRUUUCUUACUAAAGCCAAAAUGCGCUGGGAUUCUACAUACCUCUAUAUAGGUGGAUAUGUGCAAGAACCUGAUGUCUGGGCAAACCAGACCAAACAUGAUUCAGUUGUCUUCAAGGACAAUGAUUUUGAGGUUUUUAUUGAUCCCAAUGGUAACACCCAUUGGUAUAAAGAAUUUGAAAUAAAUGCAAUAAACACGACAUGGGACCUUGAGUUAAACAAGCCAUACCUUAAUGGUGGUGCUGCAAAUAGUAGCUGGGAAAUGCCGUCAAUGAAAAGUGCAAUCUUUGUUGAUGGUCCAAUAAAUGAUCCUUCUGUGAAAGAUAAUUAUUGGACAGUAGAACUGGCUUUACCUUUUAAGGACAUUGUGGUGCAUAAUGCUGGAGCUUCUGCUCCUCCUAAAAACUCCGAUCAGUGGAGGAUAAACUUUAGUAGAGUUGAAUGGCAUGUAAAAGUCGUGGAUGGGCAUUAUGAAAAGGUGUCUGGGAUCCCAGAAGAUAAUUGGGUGUGGUCCCCACAGUAUGCCAUCAAUAUGCACCUACCAGAAAGAUGGGGAUUUCUGCAGUUCAGCACAGAUGCCAUCAACACUACUAAGUUUGCAGAAACCUCUAACUGGCCAGUUUACUCAUCUCUGAUCAUGCUUUAUGAGGCUGAGAAGAAAUACAUUGCAGUGAAUGGCUAUUACACUGCCAACCUGACUCUCCUAGAGAUUCCCAAGGCGCUCAUGACCAGUGAAUGUUACAACCAAAUAAAAAUAGAGGUAAUCAAUACCUACAACUUUAAUAUCACUGUACAAUCAGACUAUCCUGGCCUCCAGGUUGGCCACAUCCGGGAUGACAGGUUAAUCUGGUUUAGUAAGCCACAAACACGACAGGAAAUAUAAUGUGGAAAUGAAUUUGCUAAGCAGGAAAAAAUAUCCAUUAUGAUAUUUUAUACUCAUUAUUAUGAAAAGAUAAUCUGGAAAUCACCUGCRAGGUGUUAAAGUUUUAGAUAGUUACAAACUCAAAAGGCUUUGAUUGAAAGACUAAAGCUAAAAUGUUGCUAGACACUAACGCUUGUCCACUAGCCUGGAACUGUAGCUAAGAUUUGCUACYGGCUUGUGAAAAUCAGGAAUCACUAGAUUAUAAAAUAAUCAAUUGAAUUUGUAGCUGUUUGGAUCACAAAUCAGUUGCAUCAGUUAUCUCAGUAUUGAAUAUGACAGCUAGAAACACGUUCAUACCUGUAACAGGAAAACGGGCCCUUAAGGCUAUCAUGACCAUGACCAUGUCUAUAAUCCAAUUUAUUGUACUCUUAUAAUAUCAUUGCUUGAAGAGUUCAAAUAACAAUGACUACAUCAAACCAACAGAGCUGGAAAUGAAUAUUAUAUUUACCCAGCAUAAAAUCUGCCAUGCAUCAAAAUAGCACUAAAAUAAUAAAAAAUAAUAUAAAAAUAAUAAUACUAAAAUAAUAUAUAAAAAUAUGAAUAAUCAUUGUUAAUCUUAAAGAAUAAAUGCAAAGCACAGUUGAGUAUAAUCAUUCUAUUAAAAAAUAUCGUUUUUAUGAA